AUGAUUGGCUUGAUCCUGCGUCGAGGGAUGUCACGAUGCAGAUUGGUGUGCCUGAAAAAGCAAGGCAGUAAACGGAGCCAUGGGCUGUCGCCCAACGAACCAUAUCUCCGGACCAGAGCCGAGACGCACUUCAAUCAAGCACACAUUUCGCACAAUGGACCAGAACGCCCGGAUCAUCGAGUGGGUAAAAAGCAACGAAAACAGAAUGGUCUUGGUAGGGCAUGUAAUGCAUCGAGCUUCCGUUUAUUUUUGUGCACCGCCACCACCCGCGCGUCAGAGCAAGGCCAAUCCGACGCCCAAUCGAACAGGGGCCUGUCCGAGGUUGGCCAGCAUUUGAAUGGAUCUCGGCUGCCCAUUUGCACUUUUGGAACGGUCCCUGACCAGGCUUUUGACACAAGCUUCCAAAAAGAAAUGGCUCAGUCCCCACAUGGUGCAAUCAGUACCAAAGCACGACCACAAACUUGGAACGGACGAGUUUGUCUUUUUUGCAUGCAUUGGCUGAUCCUUGGUUCACGGAAGGGUGGGGGCCUGGUCUCCGGCAGGGAUGGCCCAAACGGUACGGAGUAA